AGAACCAGUUUCAGUUCCAAGUUUCAACUAAAAACUUUUCUCACUUUAGUUGUUUUUAUUAGCUACUUUUUUUCUUUCAUCUUCUUCUUCUUCGUGUUCUUCAAUUCCCGGGUUGUUUAGCUGCAAAAUUCUCUCUCUUGUAUUUCUCCCGCUUUUUUCGAUUUCAUCCGCAUCAUAUGCAGUCGUAGAGAGAGAGAGAGAGAGAGAGAGAGAGAAGCAGCUCACAGAGCAAAAAUGGAGAUUGAAUUGGAGCCACGAGUGAAGCCGCUGGACUACAAAGUGAAAGGAGUUUCCCGAGAAUCGCCGUCUCAGAAGGCCGCUAAUGUUCUUGAUUCCGAUCUUCGAACUCAUUGGUCCACCGCUACCAACACCAAGGAGUGGAUUCUCCUCGAGUUAGAUGAACCAUGUUUACUAUCACAUAUUCGCAUCUACAAUAAAUCUGUCCUCGAAUGGGAAAUCGCAGCUGGUUUACGAUACAAGCCAGAGACAUUUGUGAAAGUUCGUUCACGUUGUGAAGCGCCUCGACGAGACAUGAUCUACCCUAUGAACUACACUCCAUGUCGCUAUGUAAAAAUAUCUUGUUUGCGUGGAAAUCCAAUAGCUGUGUUUUUUGUUCAGAUGAUUGGUGUUCCAGUGGCUGGUUUGGAGCCAGAGUUCCAACCCGUUGUGAAUCACUUGUUGCCACAUAUUGUAUCACACAGACAAGAUGGUGAUGAUAUGCAUCUUCAGUUGCUUCAAGAUAUGACAGUCAGGUUAUCUCCAUUUCUUCCACAACUUGAGACAGACCUUGUGGGAUUUUCAGAUGCUCCUGAUCUUAACUUACGUUUCCUUGCAAUGCUUGCUGGUCCAUUCUAUCCAAUACUACAUCUCGUGAACGAGAGAGCAGCAUCAAAGUCUACUGGAAAUGGAACUGAAACUGAAGUUUCUAAGAAUUAUCAGAUGUCUUCACCAUUGACCGUUUCUUCGAAUUUUGAGCCACGGAAGUCUCGUAGCAUAUUACCUGUGGUCCCAUCUACAUCGAGCUGUGUAGUAUUUCGCCCAGAUGCAAUCUUCAUGCUUUUGAGAAUGGCUUACAAAGAUUCUACAUUCGGUGCUAUAUGCAGAGUGGCUUCUAGAAUACUGUUGAAGGUUGUCGAACCCAUUGCAGUGCAAGAAGCUUCACCAUUGGCUGAUGAAGCUGCUGUUUCCGAUGAGUUUACAAAACCUGGAUUAUCCGACCCUGUCUCCAUCGCUGAUUACUCUAAAUUGUUUGGAGAAGAUUUUGAAGUGCCUGAUGAUCAAUGGGAUUUGAGCUAUCUUAGCAUUUUGGAUGUUGGUGCAGUGGAAGAAGGCAUUUUGCAUAUUCUUUUCGCUUGUGCCUCUCAGCCCACUAUUUGCAGUAAACUGGCAGAGAGGGCUGUUGAGUUGUGGCUAGCUUUACCUCUUGUACAAGCAUUGCUUCCAGUUCUUCGACCGCCUUUGAGCAGUCCCUUUGAUGUGGUCAAUGACAUCUUUUCUUUAUGGAAGGGGUCGGUGGUGCAACAGGCUCUCUCUCAGAUUGUGGCAACAUUGUCAUCUCCAUUAUACCAUCCGCUUCUACAUGCUUGUGCUGGCUAUCUAUCAUCAUUUUCUCAAUCACAUGCUAAGGCUGGAUGUGUUCUGAUCGACUUAUGUUCAUCUGUACUAGCGCCCUGGAUGCCUCGUGUUAUUGCGAAGGUUGAUCUGGUUAUUGAGCUUCUAGAAGAUCUUUUGGGUGUCAUCCAGAAUGCACGACAGUCCCUUGAUCAGGCUCGUGCUGCCUUAAAAUAUAUUCUGCUGGCUUUAUCUGGUUAUUUCGACGACAUACUAGGAAGCUAUAAGGAAGUAAAACAUAAGAUUCUCUUUCUCGUGGAGAUGCUAGAGCCUUUUCUCGAUCCUGCCAUUAGUGGGUCGAAGACUCCGAUAGCUUUUGGAGAUCUUUCUCCUGUUUUUCCCCAAAAGCUGGAAAACAGUUGUCUGAUUGCUCUCAAUGUCAUCUGCUCGGCCGUACAAAAGCCAUCCGUUCUUCCUUCAAUAGAAUUCGAAUGGAGGCGUGGCUCAGUUGCUCCUAGCGUGCUUCUUUCAGUUUUGCAUCCUCACUUGCAGUUGCCUCCUGAAGUCGACCUUCGGAAGUCCUCUGCUUCCAAACCUCUCAACCCAGAUUUUUCUGCUUCAAAAUUAAAUGCCGUAAACGACUGUGAUGGGAAGAUAGAUGAUCACGACACGCCUGGAAAAUCUGAUGUCUACGAAGAUGCUAUACCUUUUUUUGUCGCUCCAGAAUUGCGGUGUGAAUCUCUGGAUAAUCAUUCUAGUCGUUUGAAUGAAGGUAGCUUAAUCUCUAGCCAUGGAAAUGUGAACAUAGAGCCUAAAGAAGUGGUUCAAGGGACCAAUCCUGAUCGGUUUCGCGGAGAACUGGUAUUGGAUUUUGGAAUUAAUAUUGAGUAUUUCAACUUGGAAGCAGAUUAUUUUCAACUUGUAAACUAUCGUGACAGUGAAGUGAAGGCUUCUGAAUUUCGCCGCUUAGCCCUGGAUCUAAGUUCUCAAAACGAGCUAACUUCUGAGGGUCAUGAUGCAUCCAUAGAUGCAUUACUCUUGGCAGCAGAGUGCUAUGUCAACCCAUAUUUUAUGAUGUCUUGCAAAUACAAUCCAAAUCACAUGAAAGGUAUGAAAAGUAAUGAGGCCACAGUGUCUAAAAGUAGCCCAACUUCUGAGCUGACCAAACUUGCUGGCAAGAGUAAAGCUGAUCUGGAGACAAUAGCUCACCUUGAAAGAAAGAGAGACAAGGUUGUUCUUCAAAUUUUGCUGGAAGCUGCUGAAUUGGAUAGAAAAUAUCAUCUGAAUUUGUCUGAUUCGGAGUCUUGUCCGUAUAAUGGUGAAGGAUUAGAUGAAAAAAUGAUCAUGUUGUCUUCCAAUGACGUGCAAUCCGUCGAUGCUGUGACCUUAGUACGACAAAAUCAAGCUCUGUUGUGGACUUUUGUCAUUCGACUUUUACAGAGAAAGCCUAAUUCAAUGCACGAAAUCCUUAUGCAAAGUCUUCUAUUUUUGUUGCGUUCGGCCACUAAACUACAUUGUCGUCCUGAAGAUGUUAUCGAUAUCAUUUUAAGUUCAGCAGAGUUUCUAAAUGGAUUGCUAACAUCUCUGUAUUAUCAAAUCAAAGAUGGAAACUCACAGUUGGAACCUGGAACAAUUCACGGCACGCAGCGACACUGGAUACUUCUUCAGAAAUUGGUACAUGCAGGUAGCGGAGGUAAUUAUCGAACGGACUUCACGUCAAGUGCCAAUAACAGUUUUUGCUCUGGGAAUCUGAUUCCAGCUUCUGCUUGGAUGCAAAGAAUUUCUGAAUUUUCAAUUAGCCAAUUUCCUUUGGCUCGUUUCCUCGGUUGGAUGGCGGUAUCCCGUAAUGCAAAACAGUAUACAAUGGACCGUCUUUUUCUUGCAUCAGAUUUAUCACAGUUAACAAGUUUGUUGCAUAUUUUUUCUGAUGAGCUUUCGGUAGUAGACAAUAUUUAUAAAAAGCACGAUGAAGUUACGAUUGAAGAAACAGAGUGCAGAAAUGUUCCUUCGGAGAGUAAGGAACUCGGAGCAGUUGAACAGCAUGGCGGUCCAUCAUUUCAUGUUAUCUACCCUGAUCUUAGCAAAUUCUUUCCUAAUAUGAGAAAUCACUUUAUAGCUUUUGGAGAAGUCAUAUUAGAGGCUGUUGGAUUGCAACUGAAAUCACUUUCCCCUAAUGUCCUGCCUGAUAUACUAUGCUGGUUUUCUGACCUCUGUUCCUGGCCAUUUUUCCACAGUGAUUUAACUUCCCAUUCCAGCUCUCAUUUCAUGAAGGGUUAUGUUUCAAAGAAUGCAAAGUGCAUUGUGCUUCAUAUUCUCGAAGCCAUUGUAAGUGAACAUAUGGAACCGAUGAUUCCCGAGAUCCCUCGACUUGUGCAAGUGCUAGUUUCCCUUUGUGGAGCCGAGUACUGUGAUGUGCCAUUUCUCAAAUCUGUUGUGCUUUUGUUAAAGCCACUUAUUUCAUAUUCUUUACAGAAGAUAUCGAAGGAUGAACAAGUAUUGGAUGAUGGUUCUACAAAUUUCGAGUCUUUGUGCUUCAAUGAACUUUUCAACGACAUCAAGGAGAACGAGAUAGACGAUUCCCUUCGAAAAGUUUAUAACAAAGCUUUGUCUAUCUUUGUAUUGGCUUCCUUCUUUCCCGAUUUCUCUUUUCAACGCAAGAGGGAAAUAUUGCAAUCCUUAAUUACUUGGGUUGAUUUUACCUCAUCACAACCCACUUCAUGUUUCCACAAUUACCUGUGUUCAUUCCAAGAAGUAAUGGGAAGUUGUAGAAGCUUGCUACUUCAGAAACUAAAAGCAUUCGGUGCUAUUCCGAUAUCUUUACCCGACCUUGAGGAUACAAGCUCUAGUGUACUUGUUGAGGAGAGGUCAAAGUCACAGCCAGGGUUUCUCUGUGAUAUUUACGAGAACCCGCUAUCUAAUAGAAAUUCCGAGAACUUGGAAAGAAAGAGUGAGGGCAACAAUACUGAAUUAUCUGUUGAGGAAAUAGGAGAAUUUCGUAAAGAUCUAGAGGCCCUUAUUUCCAAGCUUUUUCCCACUAUUGAGCACUGUUGGAAUCUUCAUCAUCAACUGGCUAAAAGUUUGACUGUGACGAUGGCCGAGUGUUUGGUUUACUCGCAGUGCCUAUCUUCCAUAGCCCAGAAUGCUUGCAGUGAUGAAAAGGAAGAGGGUGAACAUGCUACACUAUCUAAGACGAGCAGUCAAUUCCUCGUCUACUUAAGAGGCGGUCUUAAGAGAUUGGCUGAAACCGCCAUAAUGCUCGAAGAAGAAAGUUGCUGGGAAGCUGCUUCUGUGGUUAUUGAUUGUCUGCUCGAUUUGCCUCGUAGUUUAAACUUGGAAAACAUUGUUUCCACUAUUUGUUCUGCACUCAAGAGUGUUUCUUGCAACGCACCAAGCCUCACUUGGCGCCUGCAAACCCAGAAAUGGUUGUCAGCAUUACUCAGGAGAGGCAUCUCCACCGGCAAUGGAGAUGAAGUUGCUCUGGUCGAUCUAUUCUGCACAAUGCUGGGACAUCCUGAACCCGAGCAACGAUACAUAGCUCUUCAGCAGUUGGGUAAUUUGGUUGGCAUAGAUGCCUUUGAUGGCAUUGCUGCACAACAAUGUUCCAAAAUUUGUAGUAGUUUCGUUUCAACUGGCUCGGGGGAAUCUAUUUCUGAGUCUACACUCUCUCAUCUGGUUUCACAUACAUGGGAUCAAGUGGCUUCUUUAGCAGCAUCUGACUCAUCAUUAUAUUUGAAAACUCGUGCGAUGGCACUUCUUAUAGCCUUUGUCCCGUAUGUUAGUCGACAGGAAUUACAAUCCUUGCUAGCAUCCGCCGACUGCAUUCAUGGCACAAAGGUUUUGCAUCCAGCAUCUGAGGGCCCAUUACUACAGCUUUCAUUAGCACUAAUUUCUUCCGCUUGCCUCCAUUCCCCGGUCGAAGACGUCUUUUUGAUUCCUGAAAGUGUUUGGAGUAAUAUUGAGGCUUUGGGGUCAUCAAAGACUGAUGGCAGACUUGGAGAUUUGGAGAGGAAAGCCUGUCAAGUCUUAUGUCGAUUGAGAAAUGAAGGGGAUGAAGCCAAAGAGGUUCUGAAAGAUGUGCUCUCUUCGAGCUCCCCGAAGCAAUUCAAUGAAGAUUUUCUAAGCAUUCGGGAGUCGAUACUGCAGGUCCUUUCGAAUAUGACUUCUGCUCAGUCAUAUUUCGAUGCAUUCUCUCAAAAGAAAGAUCAAGAAACAAUGGAACUAGAGGAGGCUGAACUGGAACUCGACCUCGCUCAAAAGGAGCUUAAACAACCUGAUUCAUCCAAUGAUUUUAACAAUUUUCCGAGAAUCACUUCCUCUGCGGUAGCCGAUUCACGUCUUCAGCAGAUAAAAAACUCCAUUCGCUCCAUAGAAAAAUCCAAACUCCAGGUAGAAGUAGCAGCUCGUCGACAGAAAAGACAUCUUAUGAGACAAGCACGGCACAAAUAUCUAGAAGAUGCUGCAUUGCAUGAGGCUGAACUUUUGCAAGAACUUGACAGGGAGAGAACGGUUGAAAUGGAAAAGGAAAUCGAAAGACAGCGCUUGCUUGAGCUUGAGCGGGCAAAAACCCGGGAGCUGCGUUAUAAUCUUGAUAUGGAGAAGGAGAGACAAAUGCAGAGGGAACUUCAGCGUGAACUGGAGCAGGCCGAGUCUGGACCUCGAUCAUCAAGACGUGAAUUCUCUUCCUCUUCCCAUAGUAGUCGACCUCGGGACAGAUAUCGUGAAAGAGACAAUGGCAGACCAAGCAAUGAAGGGAAUGCCAGAACAAGUGCCGGUGGCUUACAGACUGAAACUUCUACUACCACCAAUUCAUCAAUGACCGGAGUACCAACCAUUGUACUUUCGGGGGCGAGACAAUACUCGGGACAGUUGCCUACAAUCCUACAAUCUCGUGAGCGUCCAGAUGAAUGUGGUAGCAGUUACGAUGAAAAUAUAGAUGGAAGCAAGGAUUCAGGUGACACUGGAAGUGUUGGUGAUCCAGAAUUAGUUUCGAUAUUUGAUGGACAUUCGGGUCCGCCCGGAUCUUCUCAAAGACAUGGAUCAAGAGGCAGCAAGUCGAGGCAAGUUAUAGAACGAAGGGAAAGGGAUGGUGGCAGACGCGAAGGUAAGUGGGAAAGAAAACAUUCAUGACCAAUGCUGCCUCGAGAUUAGUAGAUCAAUUGUCGUCGUUGCGUCGUCGAGCUCUGGAUCAAUGGGUUAUUAGAUGUGGCACUGCAAGCGUUCCACAGCAAAUUCGAGUUUACGUCCUCGGGCAAUCUAUCUAAGACUAAUUAGACUGAGUUGAGUUGCUCUAAACAGAUCCUACAGCGGUCGAGGCUUGUGUACGCAGUCGAGUAAGCUAUUGACAUGCACAAAAUUCUCGUUCUUCUGUCGUGAACCAAUCGAGGAAGGUGAAGUUUACCCUCCUGGGACAUUCCAAUGAAGGAGAAUUGACAGUGCCCAUGGAACAUCAUUUCUUGAAGAUUGCUUGUUUAUUUGUAAUCCAGACGCCGAAUCAUUCAAGUGGGGAUCAAAUUGGAAAGGUCUCUUCAAAUGGAACCGUCAUAUGCUCUUAAAUUAAAAUAGAGAUUGGGAAUUACUUUAGUUUAUUAUUUU